UCGACCAAUUACACUUCAGCUAGUUCGACUCCUUCCUUAUCUCUAUGGUACCCAGAGGAACCGCCUUUUCCGGCCCCUUUGGGGAGCCACGGGUCCCUCAACAUGGGCACAAUACACUUGUUUCGCAAAUCACAGAGAUCCCUUCUUGGCAAAUUAACACAGGAAUUUAGAUCAGUAGCAGCUGAUCGAAGGUCCUGGAAAAUCUUGCUGUUUGGUGCAAUAAACAUAGUGUGUACUGGUUUCCUACUUAUGUGGUGCAGUUCUACAAACAGCAUAGCUUUAACAGCAUAUACCUACUUAACAAUCUUUGAUCUUUUCAGCUUAAUAACAUGCCUAAUAAGUUAUUGGAUAAUGAUGAAGAAGCCCAUCCCAGCUUAUUCAUUUGGGUUUGAAAGAUUUGAAGUCCUAGCAGUAUUUGCUUCUACCGUUCUGGCACAGCUUGGAGCACUUUUUAUACUUAAGGAAAGUGCUGAGCGGUUUCUAGAACAACCAGAAAUUCAUACGGGUCGAUUGUUGGUUGGUACCUUUGUGGCACUCUCUUUCAACUUGUUUACGAUGUUGUCUAUUAGAAAUAAACCCUUUGCUUACGUUUCUGAAGCUGCAAGUACAAGCUGGCUUCAGGAGCAUGUUGCCGAUCUCAGCAGGAGCAUAUGUGGUAUCAUCCCUGGUUUGAGUAGCAUCUUUCUCCCACGCAUGAAUCCUUUUAUCUUGAUUGACCUUGCUGGAGCUUUAGCUCUUUGCAUUACAUACAUGCUAAUUGAAAUUAAUAAUUAUUUUGCUGUUGAUACUGCUUCUGCAGUAGCUAUUGCCUUGAUGACGUUUGGUACCAUGUAUCCCAUGAGUGUCUACAGUGGCAAGGUAUUGCUACAGACUACACCACCUCAUGUCAUUGGACAGCUGGAUAAACUUAUAAGAGAGGUUUCUACUUUGGAUGGUGUCUUAGAAGUUCGAAAUGAACACUUCUGGACAUUGGGGUUUGGUUCUCUAGCUGGAUCAGUACAUGUAAGAAUUCGAAGAGAUGCGAAUGAACAAAUGGUCCUUGCUCAUGUGACCAACCGGUUAUAUACAUUAGUGUCAAUUUUGACUGUUCAGAUUUUCAAGGAUGACUGGAUCAGGCCUACCUUAGCCACUGGACCAAUUGCAAACAAUAUGCUGAGUCUUUCAGAUCAUCACAUAAUUCCCAUGCCACCUCUAAAAGUUGCAGAAAACUCCAGCCCUGCUACAUCUACUCCAGCAAAACCAAGCAGUCCACCUCCAGAAUUCUCUUUUAAUACACCAGGCAAAAAUAUGAACCCGGUCAUUCUUGCAAAUACUCAGGCAAGGCCUUCUGGACUAGGCUUUAAGAGUGGAACUACUCCUUAUAGUAGUGUCUUUACUCAUGGAUUAGGAGUGCCAGGAAUGGGGACAAUGCAGGGAUUCAGGACUGGGUUAAUCAACACUCCCUACAGAUUUGGAACUGGCACGCAAGGUCAGUCCAGACCCUAAUAAACUAUUUUCCAUAUUUAUUGUGUGAUUUCCUCACCACCACCAUUUUAUUCCUUUUCUACAAGACAGUUAAAAUUUCCUAGAAGGCUGGGAUAAAAUAUCUCCAGCGAUCGUGGAACCAAGUGUUCAUCUUUGAUGCGAUUUUCAUGCUUUAAAUGUGAAGCCAUUCACUUGUCAUUCUUUAACUUUAUGAGCAGUAAACUGUUUUUAUAUAUGAGUUGCUUCUUUUAUAAAUGAUUGUAGCAUAUUGCAUGAAUGGAGCUCUUGCAAGAUUCAAAUAAUCAAAGAAGUAAGAUUCUGUGGCCUGUUUUCUAAGAUAAAUUUCUCUGUUCUCCUAAGACAUUAGUGCCUCUGAUAUAAUCGUACAACCAAUUAGGAAUCACAUUUUUCUUUCUUGGAAAAGUGUCUCAGAAAAAUGAUCUCUUGAAGAUCGAAAUGACACCCUUAAAAUUCAAUUCAACAUUAAAGGGUAUAUAUUUAUACCAGAGUAUUGUUGGAUAUUCUGUGGUUGUAACUUCUGUUGAUUAAUGCUUGUUUCUGCAUUAUGUUUAAUGGUGUCCUGGAAAAUAAACUGCUUCAUAGAACUCUGAUUUUAAAAGUAUAAUUAGAAAAGUGGAAAGGAAGGAUAUAGGAAGAACUGAUGCUUUUGAUUAAUCCAUUAGUAUUCUUUGUAUUGUGAGCUGUUGUUGUAUGUAUGGUUUCAAGAAUUCUCCCUUCAGUCUUACUAGAUAGGUCUAUAUCUCCAUUUGCAAAUGGUAGAUCCUCGGUCUACUUGAUUUAUUUCCAGUAUGAGAAAUAUAUACUCAGUGGUAAAUGAAUACAUUGUGCUCUGUGCAGGAGGGCAGUAAUACCAGAGCCUAUGUAGAUUCUCCUUCAUUCAUUAUAAUAUGGUAUUUUCCCUUGACCACAAAGAUGUAUAUGCUCUGCCUUUCUAUCUAGUUUAAGGAGUCUAGUAGGCAAGUAUCUGCUCAUAAAGAUGUGUGUGCAUCACCUGUUGUGUAUGCAACUGAACAUGUACAUUCCUUCCCAUUUCUAGUAUUCUUGCCCCCCGAAAGCACUUUAAAGGUGAAAUGUACUUUGCUGAACCAUCUUGUUUUUUCAAACCACUAUCAAUCUCAACAACUAAAUAUGGCAGGGAGUAAACUACAAUGAUAGGAUGUGAUUAUUGUACAAUGACAAUCCAUGAGAUACUUGCCUAGCCAUUCAGUUAUUUGAGAUUUGCAACCAUAGUGAAUGGUGUUCUGCUUUUAAAGAAUAUAGCCGGGUAAUUCCUUUUGAAUUAGAUAAAAACAAUAGAAAUUUAACAACCAGAAUGACAGCUUCUGUUACAAAUGGUAACCAAUAACUAUAAGGUGCUAAUUAGUUUAUUUGCUUAGAAAAUACUUGUUUUGCUUUGAUGGAUUACUAUCCAAUAAUGUUAAAAAGGAAGAGAAUCUGCACUUUUAUUAUGUGUCCUUCUUGUCCGUUGAUAACCAAUGCAACAGUAUUUUGCUCUUUAUUAUUACUUUUAUUUAAACCUGUCAUGAAGUAGAUGAGUUCUAUAAUCCAAGGACAGGGGCAUACAUUUCUUCAUUCUAUAGUUCAUUUGGAGUUUCCACUCAAGUAAAUAGUAAACCAAACUUCUUUUUA